GCUAACAGAUCUAAAGUGCGGUCUUUUAUCUCCAGUUUCUCAUCUAGUGGCAAGGAAAAUCGCAACAUCCUAAACUCAAUCACCACCUCUCAGUCAAAGUAUGAUUCUCCAUCUGUGCCUGAAGAAUAUCAAGACUGUUCAGGACCUCCAAGACAAACAUCAUUAAAUGAUCAGAAGAAAGAACCCACCCAGCUUCCCCAGCACGAGCGUGUCCCUUCUGGCUCAAGACCGCUAUCAACCUUCCAAAUCUAUCAGCCACCACUGAUGGAUGUUAAUCAAGACACUUUACCUGAACUUCAACCAGUCUUCACGUUCUUAAACAAUCAUGCGAACAAGCUUUACCAAGAAGGAUAUUUCUUGAAAUUAGACGACCAAAAUACACAAGGGCGACAGAACACUGAUCGAAGCUGGACCGAGUGUUUUGCACAGCUUGUCGGAACAGUAUUGUCUCUUUGGGACGCAUCAGAAUUAGAUGAAGCUGGGCAAGAUGGAGAGGUAUUGCCCAAAUUUAUAAACCUUACUGAUGCGUCAAUAAAAAUGAUUGAAUCUCUCCCAACUAGGUCUCAAAAUGACGUGUGUCUUCAAAAUGUUUUGAGUAUUUCAACAGCGGGAAAAAAUAGAUACCUAUUACAUUUCAAUUCCCAUCACUCCCUUAUACAGUGGACCUCCGGAAUUCGCCUAUCGAUGUAUGAACACGCAACAUUACAAGAAGCUUAUACAGGGGCGUUAAUUGCAGGUAAAGGGAAAACCCUUAAUAAUAUCAACGCCAUUAUGGAACGGUCAAGGUACCCCUCAGCCGACUGGGUUAGAGUACGCUUUGGUGCAGGCACACCAUGGAGAAGGUGCUGGUGUGUUAUUUCUCCACCAGAUGAAAAGGAAGUGUUAAAGCAGCAGAAACAACGAAAGAAAAAAUCAAUCUACGACCUUUCCAAGCCGCCAACGCUCAGAGGAGAUAUCAAGUUCUUUAACAGCAAGCGAACCAAAAAAGUUCAACCCAUUGCCACUAUCACUGACGCCUAUUCUGCCUUUGCGAUUUACCCACAAUCCAAACCUUUGAUCGAUGCGUCGACUCUUGUGAAAGUGGAGGGGUCUAUAACUAUACAUUCUAAUCCAUCGUCGACCACAGAGGGGUUCGUGUUUGUCAUGCCUGAGGUUCACCCUGCUGUCACAGGCUUUGAGAUGAUGCUACGCUGGCUAUUUCCUGUCUUUGAUACAUUUGGUCUGUACGGACGGCCCGGUCGUUUAGUGGCUGCAACUGAAGAUGUUCGUAGUCUCAUGUUUGCGAUGCCAACACAAAGGAAAUAUGGAUACUUAGAAAUAUUAGAUGUUUCCCAGCUCAUUUCUGAGCCCGAAAGCUCUUCAUGGAAAGAGUCCCAAUGGAGAACAAAUAUGAAGGAACUUACUGCCAAACGUAUGAUGGCAGGUAACGGCAACAAGAUUGACAGCCAGGGAACUGUUCGUAACAGUCUUGGGCCACGACGUGCACGUGGCAUUCAAUUUCAUGACGAUGAUAAUACGUCUGUCAAGUCAACGCCAUCCACUGCCUGGGCACCGAAUGCCCCUGACAUCGCAGAAAACCGUAGGUCUAGGGCACGGACAGACUCAGCCCCUCCAACCGCAGGUGUAUGUGCUGUGCCCCAGAAUCAAACUCAUAAUCGCUCAGUAUCUGAAACCCAUGCAAACAGUAGUAUCCAGAAUCAAGCAGCACCGGCCAGGAAAGUUGUUGAAAAGUCUAAACAUAUCUCACCAAAUUAUGGAAUAAGGCAUGUCAUAGAUACCAUCGACACUUCUGAUACGGUUAGUUCAGAUGACGAAGUAAUACCCCAAACGAACACUAUACCAGGACUGAAUGGUCUUCAGUCAGAAUCAUCCCUUGAGCCUGUAGCUACCCCGCCGGCUUUCGUUCAUGCACCUGGAGCAAUGCCCUUAAGCAAACCCUACCAUUCAUCAAAACUCCGUCGAGCUAAUAGUCGCAUGUCCACAAAUACAUUGAACCAGCUUGUCGAUGCCAGCAACGUUUUACCUGAUUUAGAAAGAAACGAAAGCCCAGAUAGUCAACAUAGAAAAUCGCAAGAUUUAGAUGAAUCCCCAAAAAUCUGCUAUACUCGUUCACCGAAUAACAGCAAGGAGCAACUAUCUACACCAUCUGAUCCCAGCAAUGAAGCGAAAUCUACAAGGAAAAAUAAGCCCGGCUUUCAAAAUAAUAAAAACCGCCGUAACGCCAAAAAUAAUCAUGAGUGUCUCCCUUCGGACCCGCAGGCGAUUAUCCACGAUCAAAACUCGUUCGACUUUGACCCAUCAACAUUGCCUUAUCCUCCGCCAACGAAGCAAUUACCACUCAUACCUUCAAAGGAAUUUACAGCAGCCCAAGAUAAAAAACGAUCUAAUCCAGCUCUAAGUGAUUCUUCUAGUGGCAACUGCCUAAGCAAGAGUACAGAUGUUGACCAGAAGCCAUUACCGAAUAUUCCUCUGGUGAUUAAAAAUGAAACGCCAUCAAAGUCUGUACUUGAACAAAAAAAUAAGAGCCCAGAUGGAAAAUUCUUUGAUCAAGACAUUUUUGAUAAUAUACAAUAUGGUCCUCUACCAGAAUCGUAUAGUACAAACAAUGUUUUAAAUAGAUCAGAAAAUGCUUCGGCUACCAAAUCUUCUGAUUGUUCCAGCACCGAAGCACCUUUUGGGUUUCUACGCUCAAUUGAUAAGCCUCGCGCUGGUAAGAUGCGCACCGUUGGAGAUCCAGAUGCGGUAAAUAAUGACAUCCUUUUAGAGCCUCUUUCCCUAGAAAUCGACUUUGGACCCACUUUAAACUACUCUAGGUGUAAGGCUUCUGAUGCUCCUCUAACCUCUAAAGCAAAGAGUACAAGUUUCAACUUGAAAGAACAAACAGAUGAGUAUGGUCCACAAAAAUUAAGCUCUAACAGCGGGCCAGACUCAUGUGUGCGCUCUAAAACCCCAGAGAAAGCGGAAAUCAGUCGAACGCUGGCAUGGAAUCCUAUGUUAGCAAACCACGGCAAUUCGGGUAUGCAGCAAAAGGGAAUUACAGCUGAAGACUUCGUGGCUCAAAGGGCAAGCUUUGCACCCCUAUAUACACAUCAGAGAGUACUGUCUUUGGACCCCAAUCGAAACCCAGCUGUAUCUUCUACAUCGAAGAACGUAAUAAGUGAUAGGCCAAACCAAGCUAUUCAUUCUAAUAAUACUUCAAUAGAUUAUAUAUCUAUGGGUGACCAGCUCCAAAUUGGAUCUACAGAAUCUUUGUCGCGCCCAAACUCAAAGGGAACUACACAGGCACUCGGGAACUACAAGCAUUCAAGGAAUGCCUCAAGUGGUCUACUAUCGCUUCGUAAUGGCUCUAUAGAUAUAUUACCGCGCCCCGGCUCUGCUGGGGCUUCGCAGGUACUUGGGACUAACAAUCAUUCAAGGAAUGUUUCCAGUGAAUUGCUGACGCUCCGCAAUGGAUCUACUGACUUUUUAUCGCGACCGAGCUCAAGGGGAGCCUCACAAGUGCUUGGAAAUCACAACAACUCAAUGAAUGCUUCAAGUGACCUAUUCUCGCUUCGUAACGGCUCUACAGACAUAUUACCGCGCCCCGGCUCUGCUGGGGCUUCGCAGGUACUUGGGACUAACAAUCAUUCAAGGAAUGUUUCCAGUGAAUUGCUGACGCUCCGUAAUGGAUCUGCUGACUUUUUAUCGCGACCGAGCUCAAGGGGAGCCUCACAGGUACUUGGCACUGGUAGCCACAUGCGGAAUCUAUCGAAAGAUAUGGUGCAACGAAAGAACCAUUCUAGUGGGAAUUCGCUUGACCCACUCCAGCGCCCAAAUUCGCGGUCUGCAUCGGCCGCCCUUGGCAGUAAUGGCGAUAUGGGCUCUCAUCUAACCGCCCGAGAGCAAGCACAUCUUUCCAGAGUUACCGGCCAGCCAUUAAUAAAUAUGGCAACGGGUGGCAAACAAAAACCAUCGGCCGGGCUAGUAGCAGCUCUAGAGGCUAGAGAACGAGAUAAAGAAGUUGCAAAGCAGGGUCUCAACAGUCAGGCUGUUGAACAAGCCAUACAUCAACGGCAGCAAGCAUUUCAUCAACAACAAUCUUACCAAAUCGGAAUGGAUUUUAGACUGCAGGGUCAAAAUGGGAAUAUUACAUCAACAUCUCUGCAGAAAUUAACACAUGGCCCGAGUCACAUGCAAUACCCAGUAUCUAACAUUUUUACACCUGGGGCUGGUGCUAGUUGGACACCCCACAUGCCAAACUAUUCUAUAGCUGUGGAACCUGGUAGAUAUUCACCAUCGCCCUACCAUCAAAGUCGACCAUAG